AUGGGGGCCAUUCAACAAGACCAAGAAAAGGUUGUGCGAGUGAUUCAAGCCGCUCAGAAUGGAUCUAAACAUGUUCCCAAGUUUGAGACUCUACAAGUCCAUGCAGGGCAAACUCCUGACUCUGCAACGCUUGCACGCGGGGUCCCGAUUUACUCAACCUACGUCUUCAACUUCCACAGCUCAGCCCAUGCUGCCCGGCUAUUCAACCUUGAGGAAGAGGGCGAAAUAGCAACCCGCACGGGAAAUCCAACUACAGCUGUGGUUGAACGUCGUGUCGCAGCCCUCGAAGGUGGUGUUGCGGCCGUUGCCGUUUCGUCAGGCCAGGCAGCUGUGUUCAUGACUAUGGUUGCUUUGGCUGGGCACGGUGAGAACAUCGUAGCGACGAAGCAUUACUAUCACGGCGCAUACAAUCAAUUCUCCUUUCUGCUACCAGAGCUCGGCGUAACAUGCCGCGUUGUAGAAGAAUCUGUGGAAGCAGUCCGAGCAGCGAUCGAUGAGCGCACCAAAGCCGUCUAUAUUGAAACUAUUGGACACCCCAACUUCAAUGUUCCGGACAUCGAAGCCAUUGCGCAAGUUGCCAAUGAAAAGGGAGUGCCUCUUGUCGUCGAGAACACCGUCGGGUGCGCAUACUUUUGCCAGCCCAUAAAGCACGGAGCAGACAUCGUCGUUGAGAGCAUGAGCAAGUGGAUCGGCGGUCACGGGAGUGCAACCGGCGGUAUCAUCGUCGAUUCUGGCAACUUUGAUUGGAGAUCUUCAACUCGGUUCCCACAGUUCAACAAACCAUGCCCUGGCUUCCAUGGGUUGAACUUUUCAGAGCGAUUUGGGAGAGAGGCCUUUAUCAUGCGUAUUCGAGGGCAGAUCCUCCGAGACGUUGGCUCCUGUCUUUCUCCUUUCAACAGCCAGCAGUUCGUGCUCGGGAUCGAGACUCUGAGUUUGCGCUGCGAGCGACACGCUCAGAAUACCAUUGCUCUCGCGAACUGGCUUGAGAAACACGAAAAUGUGGUGUGGGUUUCGUAUCCUGGUCUUCCUAGUCACCCUCACUAUAAGCUCGCGCAGAAGUAUCUACCCCGUGGAGCUGGGGCGGUACUUAUGUUUGGCAUCAAGGGCGGAGAGGAUGCUGGUGAGCAGCUGGUUGACAACUUAAAGAUGAUCUCGAAUAACCCAGGAUAUGGAGACGCGAAAACGACUGCCAUGCACCCCUGGUCGACAACACAUAAACCUAUGCUACCACAGGAAAAGAUCGAUCUUGGCGUUGCGCCGGAAAUGGUCAGGGUUUCAGUUGGCAUCGAGCACAUUGACGAUAUCAUCCACGACAUUGAACAGAGCAUGAGCAUCAGUCCCGCUGUCCCAAAAACAUAG